AUGGCGCGGCCAGACGUCGCAAGCAGAGCGGCGGGCGGCGGGAGGUGGCGCGGAAGGGUGGCAGCGUUGGCGUAUCUUGCCGCAUUCGCGCUCGCUAUCGGGACAGCAGCAGCAGCACAAGCGACCUUACAAGAACCACCACCGCCACCACCAGCAGCGACACAAGAAUCAGCAGCAACGCUCGUACUUCUUUCUUCCGCUCCAGUCAUUUCACCUGCUGACGUGGCAGGAGCCCCUCCCGCGCCAGUCGUUUCGGCUGCUGACGUGGCGGCAGACGCGGAGGAAGGGCAGGAGAGUCUGCUAGCGGGGCUGACUAUAGUGAAUGCUUCUAGUGAUCCCGGUGCAGUCUGCCUGGACGGCUCCCCUCCGGCCUUCAACUGGCAUCCUGGCAGGGGCACGGGGAGGAACAAGUGGAUCCUCUACCUUGAGGGAGGAGCGUGGUGCGAAGACUCGGCGCACUGCAUCGACCGCAGCUUCUCCAAUUUCGGUUCCUCCACCAAGAUGGGUGACUGGCUGCUGCAAGGCUUACUCUCCUCCAGCAGGACAACCAACCCUGCCUUCUUCAACUGGAACCUGGUCUACGUCCGCUACUGUGAUGGGGCUUCUUUCAUCGGCAACGUUGACGAGCCGAUCCAAGACCAUGAGGGGAAGCCGCAGAUCUACAUGCGUGGUUCUCGCGUGUUCAACGCCAUUCUCUCCCACCUUCAAGCCCACCACGGCUUGCGCUCAGCCUCCCACGUCCUCCUCUCCGGCUGCUCCGCUGGUGGCCUGGCCGCCCUCCUUUCCUCCUGUGCUGCUCCCUGCGACUCUGCACACUGA